CAGCAAGUUGCGAGAGCGGCUGCUGCCAGGAAGCUCCCUCCCUCCUGAGCCGUGCUUGUCCCCCACUCUUUGUGGAGCUAAGUUAGAAUUUGGGAGAUUGGUAACUGGACACCAGAGCUUUUCUUCUGCGGAUCUCAGUUGAUUGAUGCUGCAUGACCCCAACCACUCCAGGCUGAAGGGAGUGAAGAGUAGCAAGUGCAUGCGCCGUCUGGAGGAGGGAGUGGUGCGCUCCAGCAGGCCGGGAUAGCAUGAGUUCAUCAUCACCUUCAGUUUCCCCAGGGAAGUGUUUGCAGCCACUGCCGUGAGUCUGUUGUGUCUCCUUGCUCCUGCCUCCAUCUGUGCUGCCUUGUAAAGUGUAAGGCUACAUUAACAACAACGUGUGAACCCUUCAGGGUUCAGCCGAGUGCUAGUUCAUUAUUUAGCAGUAAGGAAUUUCCUGAGAAAUAUCCCAUCCGAUAUCAACGCUGUUGCUUUAGGAGAAGUUCAUGAGUAUCCUCUGAUUAGUGACUGCAGGGAGAUUUGGGGACAGGGGACCUGCUGCUAACGUGCCUGAGCAAGAAACAGAAGGGGCUCAAGGAGCUGACAUAGGACAUUGUUCCAGUGACCCUGUGCAAGUCUAUUUUAAAUAAUAAUGGUGGAGUGCUCAUUGUGAUUGUAUUGUACAGUAUCGCCCCGCAUCAUGAGUCAAAAACGCCGAGCAAGUCAUAGUGGAGUGCCUAGUAGCAGUAGUACCACUACCACUAAGAAAACCAGGAAAACCAUUAGUUUGGGUACUAAAUUAGACGUUUUAAGGCAUUUUGAUGCAGGUGAGCGUGCGGUAGACAUUGGCAUCACUCUAGGUCUUACUCCGACCACUGUGAGAACAAUUCGGAGUAAUGCCGACAAGAUUAGGGCUAGUGCUCGGUGUGUAACACCGCUUAGUGCUACUAAAAUAAGUCGAUCAAGAAGUAGUUUGAUGGAAAACAUGGAGCGUCUUCUCUCAGUGUGGAUAGAGGACCAAAACCAGCGGAACAUACAUCUAAGUAUGCCUAUGAUACAAGCUAAAGCAAAAAGUUUGUAUGACAAAUUAAAGAGAGACCAAGGUGAAGGAUCACAGACAGAGAUGUUUAUGGCAAGUCGGGGAUGGUUUGAUCGGUUCAAGAGGCGCUUCCACCUGCACAACAUGAAGAUGUCCAGUGAGGUGGCUAGUGCUGAUACCGCAGCAGCUAAAAAAUUCCCCGAGUAUCUCAAGAAAAUAAUUGAGGAAGGCGGCUAUUCACCUAAGCAAGUCUUCAAUGUCAAUGAAACAAGUCUCUACUGGAAGAUGAUGCCUGAACGGUCUUACAUUUCCCGAGACAAGAAGACAGCUCCUGGAUUUAAAGCAGUUAAAGACCGCCUAACCUUGCUUCUAGGUGGCAAUGCUGCCGGAGACAUGAAAAUGAAACCGCUGACAGUGUACCAAUUCGAAACACCACGAGCUCUCAAGGGAUAUUCAAAGGAAGACCUUCCGGUCAUUUGGAGAUCCAAUAAGAAGGCAUGGAUAACUGGAGCUAUUUUUUCAGAAUGGCUGACUCUUUAUGCCAUCCCUGCAUGGAAGGAAUACUGUGCCAAUGAAAAUCUUGAUUUCAAGAUUUUAUUACUUAUUGCUGACGUACCAGCUCAUCCAAUCAAUCUGGACGACCUGUGCGAAAACGUCAAAGUUGUCUUUCUGCCACCUAACACCACAUCACUCAUCCAGCCCAUGGACCAAGGAGCCAUUGCUGCAUUUAAGGCGUAUUACUUACGCCGUACUUUCGACCAGCUCAUCAGAGGCACUGAUGGAGAAGGCAAGCCUACAAUUCGGCAAUUUUGGCGUGACUACAACAUCCUCAAGUGCAUCAAUAACAUUGGUGAGUCCUGGGCUGAAGUUACUCAGGCAUGCAUGAAUGGUGUGUGGGGGAAGCUGUGGCCUGAAUGUGUCAAUGAUGUAAAAGGAUUUAAAGAUGUUGUUCCUGCUAUGAAGAAAGAUAUUCUCGGCUUGGCCAAGAAAGCGGGUUUUGAUAAGGUGGAAGAAGCCGACGUUACACAACUUCUGCAGUCACAUGGAGAAGAGCUAAGCAAUGAAGACCUGAUGCAACUGGACAUGAUGAGAGCAAUGGAAGAUGAGGGCCAAGAAGUAAAAGAAGAACCAACUCAUCGAAAUUUGACUGCCAAACGUCUUUCUGAAGCUUUCCAAAUGAUUGAAGCUGGCUUGCAGAUCCUUAGUGACGACGAUCCUGACAGGGAACGCAGCUCCAAAGUGAUUAGGGGAGUUGGUCAUCUAAUGACUUGCUAUAAAGAAAUUUACCAAGAAGAAAAAAGGAAAGCAAAAGAACCAUCUCUAGAUAUGUUUUUUCGAGUUGUGACAGUUAAGGAAGAACAGGAAGAGGAGCAGCCGGACGAUCCACCCUCUUCCACCUCUGACUCCACCACCUCAACCAAGCUUAACAAUCAUUUUUUCUGAGUACAGUAUUAAAUUGUUUAAAACUUA